ACAAUGGGGAGACACAACAUAUCAUUUGCCUUGCUUAAAGCGGUUUUAUUGGCAUUUAGUUCACAGGAUUAUUUUGCAGAAUGUGCAACUAUCGUGACCUCCGCUUCCUCGUCGUUCUUCUUGGGGCAUCCAGCGACCCUGACAUGCGCAGACAACGCUUCCGCAACGCCAGCUACGCCCACUAACCAUGAGGAACUGUUGGUCGCGUGGUUCAAAAAUGGCGUCAGGAUGAAAAACACUACCAGAAAACUCAAAUUCAAGCCGCUGGCCAAGAAUGAUUUAGCUGUGUACAGUUGCACUUUUGAGAGCAAACUGCUUCCGGGAGUCAAUUCCGAAAUGUCAACUGAUCCACCGCCUCUGCUUCGUGCACUUAACUUGAUGGACAAAGAAAGGAACAAAGAGCAUGGAAAUAGGGUUAUCCCACAUCCGAAAUCUGCUCUUGGGGUUUGUAAGUAUUCAAGGUUUGAAUAA